CUAGCGGGAGCGGCGGGGCCAUGAGCGGGCCGGCCGGGGGCCGCAGCCGGAGCCGCAGGGGGGCCGUGGCCGCCGCCGCCGCCCUCUGCCUCGUGUCCUCCACCGCCCUGCUCGCCACCGCCGCGCCCAUGACCAGGCAGGAGAGGCAGCGGCUCGGGAAUCAAGUCCUGGAAAUGUUUGAUCAUGCUUAUGGUAAUUAUAUGGAACAUGCUUACCCAGCUGAUGAACUCAUGCCUUUAACCUGCCGUGGCCGAGUUCGAGGUGAGGAACCAAGUCGUGGAGAUGUAGACGACGCCCUGGGAAAAUUUUCCCUGACCCUGAUUGAUACCUUGGACACUCUUGUGGUGUUAAACAAAACUAAGGAAUUUGAAGAUGCUGUAAGGAAAGUUGUAAGAGAUGUUAAUUUAGAUAAUGACAUUGUCGUAUCAGUCUUUGAAACAAACAUCAGAGUUCUUGGGGGACUUCUAGGUGGGCAUUCGGUGGCAAUUAUGCUGAAAGACAAAGGUGAAUACAUGCAGUGGUACAAUGAUGAACUUCUGCAAAUGGCAAAACAAUUGGGCUAUAAGCUUUUACCUGCUUUUAACACCACCAGUGGACUUCCUUAUCCCAGAAUAAAUUUAAAAUUUGGUGUAAGAAAACCAGAAGCUCGAACAGGAACGGAGACCGACACAUGCACGGCCUGUGCAGGUACCUUGAUCCUCGAGUUUGCUGCCUUAAGCCGAUUCACCGGAACAUCAAUAUUUGAGGAACACGCCCGGAAGGCUCUUGAUUUUCUCUGGGAAAAAAGACAACGCAGUAGCAAUUUAGUUGGAGUUACUAUUAAUAUUCAUACUGGAGAUUGGGUGCGCAAAGAUAGUGGUGUGGGAGCAGGAAUUGAUUCCUACUAUGAAUAUUUAUUAAAAGCGUAUGUCUUGCUUGGUGAUGACAGUUUUCUGGAGCGAUUUAACACACACUAUGAUGCCAUAAUGAGGUACAUUAGCCAGCCACCUCUUCUGCUCGACGUGCAUAUCCACAAACCAAUGUUAAAUGCUCGCACUUGGAUGGAUUCUUUGCUUGCCUUCUUUCCAGGCUUACAGGUUUUGAAAGGAGACAUUAGGCCUGCCAUUGAAACUCAUGAGAUGUUAUACCAGGUGAUAAAAAAACACAAUUUUCUUCCAGAGGCAUUUACUACAGAUUUCAGAGUUCACUGGGCUCAGCACCCUUUAAGGCCAGAAUUUGCAGAAAGUACCUACUUCUUGUAUAAGGCCACUGGAGACCCUUACUACCUUGAAGUAGGAAAAACACUUAUUGAGAACUUAAAUAAAUAUGCUAGAGUGCCUUGUGGAUUUGCUGCUAUGAAGGAUGUUCGGACUGGAAGUCAUGAGGACAGAAUGGAUUCCUUCUUUUUGGCCGAAAUGUUCAAAUACCUUUACCUGCUGUUUGCUGAUAAAGACGAUAUGAUUUUUGACAUAGAAGAUUACAUCUUUACCACAGAAGCCCAUCUGCUACCACUUUGGCUCUCUACUACAAAUCAAACCGUGGCUAAGAAAAACACAACUACAGAGUACACUGAACUGGAUGACAGUAACUUUGACUGGACCUGUCCGAACACCCAGAUUCUCUUCCCCAAUGACCCUAUGUAUGCUCAGAGCAUCCGGGAACCUUUGAAAAAUGUGGUGGAUAAAAGCUGCCCAAGAGGUGUUGCCAGAGUAGAAGAGAGUUUUGGGAGUGGACCCAAGCCCCCUCUGAGGGCCAGGGAUUUUAUGGCCAGUAACCCCGAACAUCUAGAAAUCCUGAAGAAGAUGGGAGUGAGUUUGAUUCACCUCAAAGACGGAAGAGUGCAGCUGGUUCAACAUGCAAUCCAAGCUGCAAGUUCAAUGGAUGCUGAAGACGGCUUGAGGUUUAUGCAGGAAAUGAUUGAGCUCUCCAGUCAGCAGCAGAAAGAACAGCAGUUACCACCUCGGGCAGUUCAAAUUGUGUCCCACCCAUAUUUUGGCAGAGUGGUAUUGACUGCUGGGCCAGCACAGUUUGGAAUGGACCUGUCCAAACAUAAAACAGGGACGAGAGGCUUUGUGGCAAGCAGUAAACCAUACAAUGGCUGUUCGGAAAUUACUAAUCCUGAAGCAGUGAAGGGAAAAAUUGCUUUGAUGCAGAGAGGCCAGUGUAUGUUUGCUGAAAAGGCACGGAAUAUCCAAAAAGCUGGAGCAAUUGGUGGGAUUGUUAUUGAUGACAAUGAGGGGAGCAGUAGUGAUACUGCUCCUCUUUUCCAGAUGGCUGGUGAUGGAAAGAAUACAGAUGACAUCACGAUCCCCUUGGUGUUCCUGUUCAACAAAGAAGGAAGCAUUAUUUUGGAUGCAAUCCAAGAAUACGAAGAGGUAGAGGUGCUUCUCUCUGAUAAAGCCAAAGACCGAGCAACAAUAUUUAAAGGUAAAAUGAUUCCAAACUACAUUAUUGAUAGCAAUUUGGAAAUGGAAAACCUGGAACAAAAGUCCCCAGAGAACGAUUCACAGAAUCAGAGAUCUGAACAGAUUCCGGUGAGCUCUCAGGACCUCAGUUUGGCCAAGCCAGAGACUGUCGGGGAAAACUCUUUUGUUUCUGAACCAGAUCCAGCAUCUCCCACUGAUGCAGACAGUGCUAGCAUUUCCCCUUCCAAAGAGAAUUCCCGUCCCCCUGAGACCCAAGAGACUCCAAUCCAAGAGCCUGAAUGUACUGAAUUAGAAAACCAGCCUCAAGAACAAUCACAAACUGAGGAAGACCCCAGCCCUACCGUUCCCUGGGACAAAAAUAAAGUCCAGCCUAUGGAAUCCAUACUCGCAGACUGGAAUGAAGAUAUAGAAGCAUUUGAAAUGAUGGAGAAGGAUGAACUAUGACUGCCACAACAAUUGAUGGGUGGGUGUGAAAACAUUGGUUAUGAGAGGGCCCUACUACCGGGGAGAAGGCUCUUAGGGGAGAUGUUAUGGAGAGAGAUAUGUAUCCAGGCUUUGUCUGGAUUCGGUGAAGAUCGCGUAAGUCCAGAGAAUGCUACAUUAGCAUUGGUCAUGUUUGAUUUCUUUCCCCCACCCCUCUUUCAGAAGGAGAGCUCAGGGGCUAUUCCUCUCUCUCCCCUCCCCCCUGCCAAAUCUGGCAACCUACGGCACCACACCGUGCCACCUCGGCUCAGCCUGGUGGAGGAGGGUCGGCUCUGGGGAAGAGGUUGCCUCAAUGUCUGGAAAGACGGGAAGCAAACAGCAUCUUGGGUGAAUGCGCCACUGGUGGCAGAUGCUGAAUCUGGGGACGGGGUGGGCUGCCACUCCGUUGGAAGGGAAGGCCUGGUCUCUUUGUAUUGGAGUACAAACAGAAGCAGGUGAGAUGCCCUGUUGUCCGUCUGCCUGCCAGCCCCCACUAUUAACCUUGGCUCGCCUUUCUUUCACUUACAAGUAGCCCACUUGAUUUGCACUUUCCCUCUCCCUCAAAACCAAAGGUGAAGCUGAUGCAACACCUCCAUCCAGUUAAGACCCUGGGCAGCUUAGCUUAAUAGUGGGACCAGCCAAAGGGCCCCAUAGUCCAAAUGGAAAAUGAGGCACCUGGCUACCGGGACUGGAAGUAAGGCAAGAAAAAGCACCGAGCGGCAAUGUAAACUUUGCUUUGGGGCCGGCUACGGGGCAAGUUUGUUACUCUUGGCCUGUAAACUCUUAACACUAACAUUGGAUGGUAGGAUUGGUGACAUUCGACGGCCACAGUCCUUGUGCCAUCCUCUAGGAGUUGGUUAUCUCGGCCUCAGGAGCCCACCACUCACUUCAUGUACAAUUUCAGCAUUAAGGCCAGGAUCACGUUUAAACCACCCAAAUGACUCAUCGGCCCACCGGUCCGGUUUAAUGGAGCCGUGCUAAAUUAGGAGGUGGUGAGUAAUGGGCAGUUCCCGGUUUUGGAACUUAGGUCUCUAAAGUUGCAAUUAGCGGGGGGCACGCUGGUAAAUCACGUUUCACUUACGCGUACUCCUUUUUUUAGUGUGUAUCUGAAAAUUGAAUAUGCGGAAACCUCCGAAAAAACUCACCCAACUGCAGUGUCCUUUGGAGAAAGGCAAAGAGCGUUUCUUUCUGACGACCUGCAUCAAAUCCCAAAGUUUAGUCAUCUGUUCGUUCACUUUUCAUUUCUAUCAAUUACUCUUUAGGGCUUUAGUUAGAAUCCUGUUUGUGUUGUUAACAUUUAAGCUUUUUCUGAUCGGCCUAAAACAGAAGUUUGCAAGACAGGCUUACUCCCCUUCUGUCUUCCAUUAUUUUGGCAGUAUACCCUUUCUCUGAAAGACCAUUUGGAGGUACUGUAUAUGCAAUUGUUAAUCAGAGCAGCUGUACUGUAUUGUAAUGUAUAUUUGUGUACAAUGUGACUUUAAGACAGAUCUCAGAUUAAUGUCGCAGUCUUCUGUAAGGGGAUAGAAAUAGCUGCUUACAACGUUUUGAAGUAAACUCAGUUGGGUAUUAGGAGUUCAUGCUAGGGAGAAAGAGGAAAAAAAAAAGCAGCCAAUAAAAUCCUCAGUGGCACUUUACUGAAUUUGACUCCAAAGCUCAAUUUUAGUUUCUUUGCAUGCAAAAUCUGCUGUUAGAAGUUAAGAUUUAAUACAGUUUUUAGAGACGGAAUGAUAUAGAACUUAAUACAUGACCAGUUCACCUUGAUUUUAAGUACUGGGGAAAGAAAGCAAAGUAUAGAAGCACUGUACGUACCCGUGUCUGAGCUUUCGAAAUUGCCCAAGGCAAUCGCUCUGUUCCCACUGGGGAAGUCGAGGCACACAGUUCCAGCUUCUCCUUCCUUUGGCCAUUAGGAGGGGAUCUUUCCUUGGCCUAAGAGACGCUAGCUGGACGGUUCCCUGGAUUCUAAGCAAGUGAAACAGUUACACGUCGCUAGCCCAAAUUAUGGGUGAUGGAGUUGAAUAGUCUACAUUGUUAGGAAUAUGAAGAGCUUUAGUUUCUAAAAUACAAUUUUGUCUUUGCCAAUAAGUUUUACUAAAUGAUAUGAGGUUCUUAUCUGACAUAACUGCCACUAACUAGCUUUUAAAUGCAUCGUUAAUCUUUAAGAAAGCGAAUGUCAGGGCUGAGUUUUUGACAGUUGUAGACAUUGUUACUUUCUUUGAAUUCAGGGGAUGAGUGGAACCCUGAAUUUAGAAAUUGCCUGAAACAUCUGGUCUACCUCAGUUAAAUAUUGACUGCCUAAAGGUUUAGCUGAAGUGAUCAUCACAGCCAUAAAGUUUUUGACCCAGACAGACUUUACACUUUGUUUACAGAUACAAAUCGAAUUGAGUAAAUGUUAAUCCUUAGUAGGUAAGGGCAGGAAGAUGGUAAUUUAAUUCAGGUAUUUUUGUUUUUAAAAAGUUAACUUGUUAGUUUACCUUCUUAAAUGUAUGUAGUUGCCUUGCUCAUUUACAUCUUCAGAAAAUUUUAAACACAGUUGCAAUAAGUUUUCUUUGAUUUUUAUGUGCAAAAAAACCCAAAACCAAUAAAACUAUGUAGUUAGGUGGAUCUGUACUGCUGGGAUGGUGGGAGUUGCUGAAAGUUUUUCUUAAUCUUCAUCAGGUUCCUAAUUGAUGAUAAUGCUUUUCCGGUCCUUUUGACGCUCCACAAGUCCCCUCAUUGCAGUUGUUGAAUCAAUAAAAAGAGGUGGGGAAAAACCCUAAAUUCUCUGAUUUGGUUAUGCCAAUUAUCUCAAGGAGGCUCCUUAUCUAUACUAUUUACAGUUGAUUUUCCAUUGCUCCUCUGUUUUAAACUAAAGCAGGAUUUGUUCUCCCACCAAACUCCCCCAUCUACUAAAUUAUCCUAGGGCCUUCACCCAGUAAAUCCCCAACCUGCCGUCUCAUCCACAAGGCUUCAGUCAGAACAUAAGAAAAAAAAAACAUUCUGUGAAUGAAAUAUUGUAUGUUCAGCUUUUAUAAAAGAGGCAUUUUUAAAAGCCCAAUUUACAGCCGUAUAUUUUCUUAUAACGUAAUUUAUGAACAAAUGUGUGUACUAACAGGUGCUGUAACCCUACUGUUGGUGGAUUUUACUGUUUGGUGAUAAAUGUAAACAAUAUUUUUAAGGGAAACUGUACUGUGAUGUAAAAGUCUGGGCAAAAAUGUAUAUAAUCCUUGUACAUAAAAUUGUGUAUUUGAUUAUAAUUGCUGAUUGUAAAGAUUUAAUAAAAUAUGUAAAUAUUCUGGU